CAAACAAUGGGGGACAUUACUUCAGAGGCUGUGUUACUGAUUAGACACAGAGGCACAGAGCGGAGCCCCUUCUACCUGCUGAUAUAAGUAGCUGUGGGGAACACAGUGCCGUCUCUACAUUUGUGUUGAGCUUCGCACAGCUGUCUCGGACUCUUAUUGCCCAUUUUGGUGAAGGAGGAGAAACCGGACCGGUACAGACACAGACGACAUGGCCUUCAGUGGAACAUGGCAGGUGUAUGCUCAGGAGAACUACGAGGAGUUCCUCAGGGCCAUCUCACUCCCAGAAGAUGUUAUCAAGCUGGCCAAAGACAUCAAGCCCGUGACUGAGAUCCAGCAGAACGGCAAUGACUUCGUCAUCACCUCCAAAACUCCUGGCAAGUCCAUCACCAACUCCUUCACCAUCGGCAAAGAGGCCGACAUCACCACCAUGGAUGGCAAGAAGCUCAAGUGCACUGUCAAACUGGAGGGAGGGAAGCUGAUGUGCAACACAGAUAAAUUCACACACAUCCAGGAGCUCAAAGGAGGAGAGAUGGUUGAGACGCUGACAGUGGGCUCUACGUCACUCAUCAGGAGGAGCAAAAAGAUGUGAACCUGGAAUGGUAGCAGGCAGGGGGCAGUCCUUGGCUAUUUAAAUAAACUUGCUUGACGUAAAA